GAGUUGAGCUGACAGCUUGUUAAUUAAUCAUUGUUGUUUCAGUGAUCUAGAGUGUAGAUCUCUUGAUUAGUACUUUCCUUGGUAAAGAUUUUGAUUUGAUUGAUCGUCGAUUUUACUAUUAAAUCAUAUACCUGAUUUUAUGAAAUCAAGAAUUAAGUAAAUUUCCUUCUGAAAUAAAUACAUGGUGGAUAUAUUGGAUAUUAAAAAUGGAUCAAACCGUAUCCUCAUACUUACCGUUAUUCUUAGAAGGAGAAGUUAUUAAAGGAUUUGGAAGAGGAUCGAAGGAUUUAGGGUGUCCUACAGCCAACUAUCCUUUGGAUGUAGUAAAAAAACUACCUUCUGAAUUCAAACCCGGCGUGUAUUAUGGAUGGGCUCAGUUAGACUCUGGACCUAUGUAUAAAAUGGUUGCAAAUAUUGGUUAUUGUCCAUACUAUCAAAACAAGGAGAUGUCCGUGGAAACUCACAUAAUACAUGCAUUUGAAAAGGAUUUCUACGGAUCCAAUCUAAGAAUAGCAAUUGUCGGAUAUUUGAGAGGUGAAAUGAACUUCGAUUCACUGAAUGAAUUAAUAGAAACUAUCAAACAAGACAUUGUAAAUGCAGGCAAAAGCUUAGAAAACCCUGAAUCACAGAAACUAAAGAGUAAUAUUUUUUUUGGAAAACCAUAACACACAAUAGUAUUGAUAUUUAGUUAAAUAGA